AUGGCGGAGUGGAAUGAGCCCCGCUUCUCUUUUUAUAAGAAAUCUGAACAGCUCACCCAUUACUAUGGUGAUAAUUUAUUCCCUGUUGUUGCAAGUUCUUCAGAUAAUCACUUUAUUUUACUGACAGAUACAAAUGAACUAUAUACAUACGGUGAAUCUCAUGCACAAUCAUCAGAUAAUAUCAUAAAUACGAAUAACAUGCUUAAAAAAGUCGAUUUACCAGAACAUUCGAGAAUUCUUGAUAUAAGUUGCGGAAAUCAUUUUUCAAUUUUACUUCACGAAUGCAAUUCAAUAUCUAUUCUUACUGAAGAUUCAUCUGAACUUGUUCCAAACCCCGAAUCUCCAAGAGGACUUUCUUCAAAUCUCGAACUCUUCGCUUUUGCUGCAGGAUUAUCGGAUAUUUACCUUUACGAAAGCGCAAAAUCAUUCAAGAAGGCUACAAUUCCAGAUGAUAAAAUAAUUACAACUGCUGUUACUGAUUUUGGCUUGUUUGUACUUUCAAUUCAAGGAAAACUCUAUUAUUCAUCAACCAAGGAACUCCAAUUCAAGCCUGUUGAGAUCAAUUUCACUACACAAUCGAUUUUUAAUCUUACAUGUGGUAUUAUUGCAGUUUCAGCAGAUAACCGUGUUUACAUGAUUGAAGACAAUCUUAAAGUCCGCGAAAUUAUCGCACCAUACGGUACCCAUAUCGUUGAAGCCGCAUUCUUUGGUUUCUUAUACUGCUUAGACGCGACAGGCAGAGUACUUACAGCGAACACAAAUUCAACACGUCCUGUUCUGAUGCUGAAUAGCCAGCUCAGUACCUACAAUGUUUCAUGCAUGACGGCAUCUCAUCUUGCAUUGAUACUUUUCAGGGGCGAAAACCCAUCAUCGCCACUUGGAAUCCCUCCUCCUGAGCAUACAUUCCUAAAUAACGUCGAUGCAACAAUAGAUGGCCACAAAUUACUUCUUGCAUGCGAUUCUUACGUUUUCCUUUCAAACAGGAGAGUCACAAUGAACGAUUUUACAGAUAUUAUACGCGGUGGAGCCAAAAUAGAAUACGGUCCCAACUCAUUACGAAUUUAUUACACAGAUGAAUCGAGAUUGAUCGGCGUAGAUACAGAUUUCAAGACAUCAUUCUCAUUUAACUUCCUUCCAGGCGAUGUUGUAGAGACAGAUGAUGGCCAAAGAAGCACAGUUGUCGGAAUAUCAGAUGAUAGAGUCUGGGUUGAGCCAUUUUCCAACACAAGAUUGGUCUAUUGUGCAUCAGAUCCUCGUAGACUGUCUAUUGUCACAAGAAAAGACCACAACGUCGAAAGAUUAAUUGUCGAUGGCGUCGCAGCAUCAGUUGACAGAACUCCUUCCUUCUGCGAAUUCCUCAAACUCGGUGCAUCACUCGGAGAUCUCUUAAGAAUCCCAGAACGAGGUGCAUGUGAGUUUAUUGGUGUUUUAAGUUGCAGAUUAGUCAUGAAAGAUUUUGCAACAAAUUCUUUGUUUUCUAUUCCAUCUUUGAGGCUUGAAACUCUUCGAACAUUUGUCGACAAGGACAAGAAGAGACGCAUUGUCACUCCUGAUGGUAUAGUUGAUGUCUCCGUCUACAGCAAAGGAAUGAUUUUCCAAUGCACAGACAGAGUUUUGACUCCAAUGGGUAUCGGAACGGUUAUCGGUUAUAAAGGUGACAAAAUUUAUGUUCAAACCGAUGAAAUGCGAAUUGCCGAUAUAGGUGGAGCACCAUUUUCUGUUAUUGACUUAAGUUUAGUUCGAAGAACAGCUUCUGUUGCGAGAAAAACAUUCAAACUCAAAGACGGAGAUUCUAUUUUGUUGAGUGUUUCAACAGAUGACAGAGUUUACAAUCUGAUGGCCGGAGACAGAGUUCUCGAGCAUGAUACAAGAGGAAGAAUCGCCGGAGUAUCAAAUAAGAAGCUCUACGUAUUAAGAGAUGGAAAGAAAUAUGUGGAACAAAUAGAAGACGCGGAAUUAUUGUUCAGAGCGGAUAUAAAUGGUGGAGAAUGUUGUGAGACAUAUGAAGUUGGUUCUCCUGCACUUGGAAUGUCCGCGUUGAUACCUGAUGAUGUAGUUAGGUUCGAAGGAGAUGAUGCAAUGUACGCAUUUAAAGGAAUUGCAAGGUCUGGACCUUUGUUUGUAAGAAGGGAUACAUUGGAAAUGUUCUCAACAUCGUUCUCUGCUUUGCUAACACCUAGCUCUUAUACUUUAAUAGAAAGAAGAGCAAUUCCAAAGAAUUAA